AUGGCUGAGUACACUUUAAAAGAUGAAGGUGGGAUGAAAACCGCUAAGCUUAAAGAGGAAAAGGAACUGUUAGAUAGGCAGCAACAUGCUGACACUGAAGCUCAAAAGAAUUUGGAAGAGAAUCUUAAACAACUAAAAACUCGGGAGUCUGAGCUGGAUUCGCAGGAAAAAAUAAUGCGAGAAAGGCUUAAAAAAAUUCUUGAUAGUUCUGCAAAGAAUAAGGAUGCUGUUGAAAAUUUGAAUACAAAACUGCGUGAGAUGAAAGAAAAACAUAAUGAAUCCAAGAGAAAACAUGAUUACUUGAAGAUAAGAAUUGACGAAGUAGAAAAUGAUCUAUGUGAAUUGAAGGCUGAUAGACAUGAAAAUGAGAAAGAUGCUAAAUUGUCUCGGGCUGUGGCGACUCUGAAACGCUUGUUUCAAGGAGUCCAUGGUCGCAUGACUAAUCUUUGUAGGCCAACUCAGAAGAAGUAUAACUUAGCCGUUACUGUUGCUAUGGGUAAAUUAAUGGACGCUGUUGUUGUUGAGGAUGAAAAGACCGGGAAGGAAUGCAUCAAGUAUUUAAAAGAGCAGAGGCUUCCUCCCCAGACAUUUAUUCCUCUACAAUCUAUUCGAGUGAAGCCAAUAAUGGAAAGAUUACGCACAUUAGGUGGUACAGCUCAACUGGUUUUUGAUGUGAUUCAGUUUGAUCCCCCCUUGGAGAAGGCAAUUCUAUUUGCUGUUGGGAAUACUCUUGUUUGUGAAGACCUUGAGAAAGCCAAACUUUUAAGCUGGAGUGGAGAGAGGUUUAAAGUUGUAACUGUGGACGGAGUUUUGCUGACGAAAUCCGGCACAAUGACUGGUGGCAUUAGUGGUGGAAUGGAAGCAAGGUCAAAGCAGUGGGAUGACAAGAAAUUUAAAGCAUAUGUUAAGAAAAAAGAGCAGUAUGAAUCAGAGCUGAAAGAGCUAGGAACAAUAAGAGAUAUAAACGAUAAAGAGUCUGGUACAGUGAGGGGAAAAAAUGAACUUGAAAAAAAAAUUCAAUAUGCUGAGAUUGAAAAGAGAAGCAUUGAAGACAAACUUUCCAAUCUUAGUCUCGAAAAGGGGACCAUCAAAGAAGAAAUUAAACGUAUUAGUCCAGAACUGGAGAAGUUAGGAGAUGCUGUUGAAAAGAGGAAUAUAGAAUUACUUACUCUUGAGAAAAGGAUAAAUGAAAUUACUGAUCGUAUAUACAGUGACUUCAGUAAGUCAGUUGGGGUUGCAAAUAUUCGUGAGUAUGAAGAAAAUCGACUCAAGGAUGCUCAAAAUGUAGCAGAGGAGAGGCUGAAGCUGAGUAACCAGCUUUCAAAGUUAAAAUAUCAGUUGGAGUAUGAGCAAAAUCGAGACAUGAGUUCAAGAAUUGAAGAAUUGAGAUCUUCCAUAAGUGAUUUGGAGAAUGAUUUAAAUCGGGUACAGAACAAAGAGGCCAAAGCAAAGUUAGCAGCAGAGAAGGCUACCGAAGAGAUCAAUCAGUUGAAGGAUGAAGCUAAAGAGUGGAAAUCGAAAUCAGAGGAUUGUGUAAAGGAAAUCCAGGAAUGGGAGAAGAAGAUUUCUGCAGCCACAACUAACAAAUCCGAACUGAAUCAUCUGAUAAAAUCUAAGGAGGCACAGAUUGAGCAGAUAUUGGGGCAAAAGAAGGAGAUAUCAGAGAAGUGUGAACUAGAGCAGAUUAGUCUUCCAACCAUAUCAGAUCCUAUGGAUACUGAUAUCUCAACUCCGGCUCCAGUUUAUGACUUUAGGACACUAAAAGAUAGGAAACACUCUGGCAGGGAUAAAAUAGAGGUAGAUCUUAAGCAAAAAUUGGAUGCAUUGAUAUCUGAGAUAGAAAGAACAGCACCCAAUUUGAAGGCAUUGGACCAGUACGAGGCUCUGCUUGAAAAAGAAAGAGCUGUAACUAAAGAGUUUGAAGCUGUCAGGAAAGUAGAGAAGGAAAAAGCAGAUCAGUUCAAUGCAGUAAAGCAGAAGAGAUAUGAUAUGUUCAUGGAUGCUUUCAACCAUAUAGCUGGUAAUAUAGAUAAAAUUUACAAACAACUUACAAAGAGCAACACACAUCCUCUGGCUGGAACAGCAUACCUAAAUUUGGAAAAUGAUGAUGAUCCGUAUCUACAUGGCAUGAAGUACACUGCUAUGCCACCAACAAAGCGGUUCCGCGACAUGGAACAACUGUCUGGUGGUGAAAAGACUGUUGCUGCACUUGCAUUGCUAUUCUCCAUCCAUAGUUAUAGGCCUUCACCAUUUUUCAUACUGGAUGAAGUUGAUGCUGCAUUGGACAACUUGAAUAUUGCGAAGGUUGCUGGCUUUAUUCGUUCAAAAUCUUGUGAAGGAGCGAGAGUUAGUCAGGAUGCUGAUGGCGGAAAUGGUUUUCAGAGUAUUGUAAUAUCUCUGAAAGACAGCUUCUAUGACAAAGCUGAAGCGAUAGUUGGGGUUUACAGAGACUCUGGAAGAGGUUGUUCGAGUACUCUCACAUUUGAUCUGAGCAAGUCAUAAAUUUCAUCCGUUGGAUCGUUAUAUAAGUUGCUUGCGCUGUACAGAGUUCGUGGUGCAUUUUUAUUUGUUGUUUAACGGGAUAGCUAAAGGUUUGAAUGAAAGUUUGAAUCGAAGCUGACAUCUUUUUGGUGAUAGGGAGAGAUGGAUCAAAGUCAAAGUGGUGGUCAAGGUAGCAUGUAUAGAGUGUUAGAGCAGGACCAAUGUAACUGUAAGUGUUUGUAAUCAUGGCAGAUCUCACUUGUAGUAAUGUAGUGCCUAUUUUAUUUUAGGUAGUAAUGCAGGGCGUAAUCUUAAACUGUAUCUCCCACAUGGUAUUCAUAGUGCAAGAGUUAGGAUUAAGUAUUUUAUCAUAAGAAUGAAAGUUGAUGUUGAUUCUUAAUCAUAGUAUAAACUACAUGGUAUAAAAAAAUGUGUGAUUGAUAGUCA